AGUGAAAGGACCUGCCUCGGAGCAUCCUUCCUCUUCGCUUUCUUCCUAAUCCUCACCCAAACACAGCGGGAUGACGGAGGCAUCGUGAGGAUGGCGGCUCUCCUCUCUGCGGUUUGCGGUAGCACGUCGUUGCGGGUGAUGUUAGCCGCUGUGCUAACGUAACAUCACGCUUUCCUCCACCAGCAGCGGCGGCGGCGGCAGCAGCGAGGAAGAGCAGACAUCACAGAGACCGAGGAGAACGCGGAGACCUGGACUGAGCCUUUAGCUUCUCCUGGGUUUCUCUUAUUUUCAUUUUUUUUUUUUUACUCCACCAAUGCAACAUUUUACGCCUUUGACACUUUAUCACGCCCCCCCCCCCCUCCACCACCACCUGAAUGCAACCAGCUCCAGGAAACACCAGAGUCCGCCUGACAACAUCAAGGUGCCUGAGACUUCCUGGUUUAAGACGAUGAGCGAAGAGACCAGGCUCUGACUGAUCUGAGGCCACAAGAAGGCGACGUCCUGACUGAACUGUCUGCAGGCCCACACAUAACAAACUGAUGAAUGUUUCUGAGCAGCAGUCAGACAUGUGCCAUCACUGGAAUCACCUAUUUCUUGGAAGUUUUGGAGCUAGCUAAUUCUUGGACUGUCUCUUAACACUGGGAUACCACAUGGCUGCAGCAGCAACAUGACACUGGGAUAGUGUCCAACGCAACAUAUGAUUCCAUGUCCUACUAAAUCUUGUCUGCAUUGGGGCCUUAUGUCUCAGAUCACUCUGCCAUGUUGUUAAUAAAAUAAUAAUAGUUCUGGGACCAACAAAGCUGAUGAAAACAUUUUAGUACUUGUCAUGCAUGGAACCUGGGUACACAUAGAACAAGCUGAUUUCUCAGACUCUAUCUUCCUGAUUGAGCCCAUGAUUCCUGCAGAAGUUGGGUAUCAACCAACCCGAUGUUCCUAACAGAGAUCUAACAGCAGCUCAUAUUGCCCACACAGUCGUUGCUAUGAGUGCAUAACCCCGCCGCGCCUGCAUUGUCGUGGCUGGCCGUCGCAGGACGGUCACCUUCCUCGGCCAUGCCCCGGCUGAUGUUGGGCCGGACUCUGGAGCGCAUCUGUAAAGGCGUCCUGCUGCUCUGCUUGCUCCACUUCCUCAUCAUGAUGAUCCUGUACUUCGACGUCUACACGCAGCGCUUCGACAUCUUCAGCCGCUUCAACAAUGGACGCAACGGAUCCAGGAAUAACAUCAGCGGAGCAGCAGGGAGUGGACAUCAUUAUUACUAUUACAACCUCUCCAGGCCGAAUGCAACGUUAGCCAGCUACCUGGCCACAGGCGAGCAGCUGAUGCCGAGCGCGCAGCCGGAGACCAAUCAGACGCCUUCGCCCAAGCCGCUGCCGCCGUGCCCCGAGAACCCACCCGGCCUCGUGGGCCGCUUGUUGAUCGAGUUCAGCUCCCAGAUGACGAUGGAGCGAGUGCAGAAAGAAAACCCCAACGUGACGGAGGGAGGCCGCUACACCCCUCCCGACUGUCGGCCUAGAUGGAAGGUGGCCAUCAUCAUCCCGUUCCGUCACAGAGAAAACCACCUGAAGUACUGGCUCCACUACCUCCACCCCAUCCUCAGACGGCAGAAAAUCGACUACGGCAUCUACAUCAUCAACCAGUUGGGUGAGGAAACUUUCAACCGUGCCAAACUGUUGAAUGUGGGCUACACGGAGACCCUGAAGGAGGCCGAGUACGACUGCUUCAUCUUCAGCGACGUGGACCUGAUCCCGAUGGACGACCGCAACCUCUACCACUGCUACGACCAGCCGAGGCACUUUGCCAUCGCCAUGGACAAGUUUGGCUUCAGGCUGCCGUACGCAGGCUACUUUGGAGGAGUUUCAGGCCUCAGUAAAAAACAGUUCCUGAAGAUCAAUGGCUUCCCCAACGAGUACUGGGGCUGGGGAGGGGAGGACGACGACAUUUACAACAGGAUCACUCUGAACGGGAUGAAGGUGUCCAGGCCAGACGUUCGCAUCGGCCGCUACAGAAUGAUUAAACACGAGAGAGACAAACACAACGAGCCCAACCCACAGAGAUUCAAUAAAAUCCAGAACACAAAGAACACGAUGAGGAAGGACGGCAUCAGCUCGCUGACCUACAGAGUGGUUCAGGUCAAGAAGUUUCCUCUCUACACAAACAUCUCCGUGGAGAUCGGCAAGGCACCGCCUCGGCCUAUCAAGGGCUAGAGAGAGAUAGAGAGAGACGAUGGGACGAGAGGAAGAUGAGGGGGUGAUGCAAUUUAACUGGAGGGGAAAAGGUGGAAAAAGGAGAGAUUAAAUGAGGGAGGUGAAGAGAACACACACUGUAUGUGGAAAGAAACUGGGGAGUUGGAGGGAAGCGUUGUCAGAAGCACAUCUCACUCUCUUGAUCUCUCCUCACCCUCUGUCUGUUUUUUGAGAUUUCAGCUUGUCGUGUCUGUUUCCAGGACUCGGGCUCUUCCCGAUGUGUUUUUUUUUUUUUCAAGCAGCCAGUGGCUUCACACCUCCUACAUUUACCAAUCAGUGACUUCAGAUUAGUGGACCAAAGUAUCGGUGGCAGACUGGAGGUUGGCAUCAAACUCAAUGUCUUUCUGUUCACAACCUUUGCAAACUGGAGGGCAUCCAAUGGCAUAUCUACAGAGGCUGCUGACAGGAGCUGUGGUUGGUUGAUUAAAAGAUGACACAGAAGUAUCGUGACGCUUUGGAAAGUUUUCAUGUCUUAUUCUGGAAAUGAUGGACAGCAUCCAGAGGGACUUCUUGGAAUAUAUUGAUUGAGGUGAUAUAAACCAAUGAUUGAAAAACAGGCCGUUAACAUGGAAACUAAAUCGGACCGAGAAAUUGAAGGAUACAAAAUGUGCUGCCUGCUGGUUGGGAAAUUUUAGGACAAAUAAACCUGGCUAAGAAUUCACUUCCUAAGCAUUAACAGUGACGGUCAGAGGAGCGAGGAUCGCCCCUGGAGGAAGCUGUAACAUUAACAUGACGUGACGACGUGCAGUGUUGGACAAUGGAACUGCAUCAUGACGGUUUGCAUAUCAGAGGUAUCGGCUGACGCUCACUGGACACAUGACAAUUUCAUAUUGACAUUUUUCAUCAGGGAGUGUCCUGUUUGGAUCUAAUAACUCACUCGAACCCUCCCCUAUCAAUUAUUGAAUGUGUAUUGUGCCUGCAUCUACAGCAGAAGACUCAGAACUGGAGCUGAUACAACGUGUUCGUCAUCGGCGACAGACACCAGAGAACUCUCUUUCUGUUCUCAUUGGGUUUUUUUUAUAUAUGAACUCAAACUUUGGAAACCGACUCUGACUUAUUGGAGGUUUUGCAACAAAAGUGAAAAUAUUGACGAUGCGGAAAGUUUUCACUUGGGUCUGAAGGCGACAUGGUGGAACUACCAUGGGAAGGCAUUGUGAAAUAAAAUGAAGGAACAGGGCAUAAAUAUAUAUAUAUUCUGACAGCUCAGUUAAGAUCUUAACCCCUGUAGCAACAUACUGGAGAUAUUUUCUGAUUUAUUUUGGUAAUUUCCGCAUUAAAAAAUAAAGUUUUUGUCUCUUCAAGAAGGAAUUCAUGCGAGGAACAUCAAUAGUCCAUAUUCACACGGUGGCCAUUUUUCUAUGAAGCUCAAAUGCUGUCAUGAACAGAAUAAUGUCGAUCCGCUGUGAUCCAGGUUUAUUAACACAGAGAAUCUGACAAACUGUUUUUAUUUCACUGCUUUCUAACUGAUCAGCAACUGAAAAGUCAAUAGAAAAACAUCUACAGGGACAUGGGACCAUGUUUCAAGGUUAAACUACAUAGUUGUUUGUUCAUUAGCCAUCAUUAGACAACAGCUUAUGUUAGCAUCCAACCACUUCCUGGCUAACAUCGCUGUAAAAUGGACGGGAAUCAAGCUCUAAGUGCUGAAUCCUCCAUCCAGUGUUAAAGUGCACGAAACAAACUUUGAAGUGUAUGAACAAUACAUAGAAAUAUGUUCCAGUAAGCAUAACGUGAAAUUACUGACUUCUCCAGAAUAUUUCUGAGGUCGGUGAAAAGACACAAAGACAGUUAACCUUACUUCCUGUUAAUUUUCCCACAGUCGUAAAUAAUUCUGGCCAUGACGUGCUUCGAUAUUUCAGAAUAGAAACGGCCUUCAUGGCAAGGAAAUAGUUGAAUGUUAACGUUAGCUGUUGUCGGAUAUUGUCCCGUAUCCCUCCAGUUUGAAAAUCUGUCAGAUUCUGUGUGUUUUAUAUGAUUUAUCAACCUGGAUCACAGCAAUACAACAUGAUUCUGUUGAUGAAUGCUUCGCACCCUGAGCAUGACGUCACAGGUAAAAGUCCGCCGUGUGGAUAUGGUCUAUAUUUGUUUAAGUACAGCUUUAACUCGGUCGUGAUGUACAUUUUUCCUAAACAUAUUUGGGUUUUAAUAUCAGAAAUGAGCUGUCAGGAUAUAGUCAUGACUCAUGUUCCACAGGAAAAAUCAUGGUGACUGUUGUAGCUUUUACACCGGCUCCACAGACACGAGAUUAACUGAGAUAUAAUCGACUUUUAUUUUUUAUUUUAGCCAGUGAUGUAACCUGGAAGUCAGAAUUUCUUUUAAUUAUUGCAAAUCAUUCGAACUCUAUCGCUACUAUUACUAUGCCAUUUUCUCUCUCUACUAUAUUUUUUCUUUUUAUCGUGAAGAGAAAAAAGAGAAUCAUAUCCGGACAGAGGAAAUUAUAAGGUCCUAGUCUUCCGCUGGUGGAAAUUGUGAAUUUUAAAGCAGUAAUUAUUAUCGUUUUACCCGUUUGACUGACGUCUCUAUUUCUACUUCAGAUUUUAUCGCCGUCAGUUCUUUAUUUUUAAUCCAUUUCAUCACGCUGUCAGAUUACAGACGCGAUGAGCUAAAUGAAUCAAACGUACACUUUUUCUACUGAAACGGUUUUCAUUUUAAUUCUGACAGAUGAACAAACGAAACGGAUUUCCUCCAUCAUCAUAUCGAAAGCCUUUGACUGUUUUAUACUUUGACGCGUUGCUCUUAUCCUUUUUGUUGUUUGUUUGUUUCUCCUCAUCUCUACUGUUGACGCCUGAACACCAAACUGAUGCCUUCGGAAAUGACACAAAAAGGCAUUGAAGGUCAUUAUUUUAGGGGUAAUACUGUAUCACUAAAGGACAAUGUGUAUAAAUGUGCAUUGUAAGACAGAUGAUACUGAUUUGAACACAUAUUUGUUGCAGCUUAAUACCUGUGAAAAAGACGCUUAUGUGUAAGGUACGAUUGGAUCUGUCUUCAGCAUUCACACAUGGAUCCACACUCUCUUCUCCUCUCUUUUCUCUGCAUCGUCUCCUCUUUCAUUGCGUUCUCUUUCUUCCUCUGCCAGUCCAGGCUCUGUGUGUCAACGGCACAGUGUUGUGCUUUGUGGUGAGUCCACUCCAGACUGUGCUGCGUCUCACAGGAGCUCUUCUUCCUCUUUUCAGUAGAUAUCGACAGGGCUCCUCUUUGUGUCUCUGAAUCAGUGCCACUUACUGUAUCUUCAUUUGAUCUAUACUCUCUCUCUCUCUGUACUUAUUCCCUUUUGUCUCUCCCCCUUUUAUCAUCGUCCUUUCCUCCACUUUCUUCCACUUUCUUCCACUCCUAAUUCACCCUCUUUUCUGUCUUUUCAUCCUUUUUUUGUCAGAGUGCAGUUUGCUCUCCUGGUGAGUUUCAGUGUCCUUGGUCGACAGACUACACAUGGAGAGGUCAAUGCAGUCCCUCCUCUUUGCUACUUACAGCUCACCCUGUGCAAUAUUCUUGUUUUAUUCAUCUCCUCAUAUCCUGCUUUAAAUCAUUGUUUGUGAUGAGGUUUGGUUUUAAUUUGGUUUCUAACCCGGUCGUAAGUUUUUUCUACUUUAUGUCCAAAUCGAUUUCUUCACGUUUUUACCUCUUAUUCACCUUUUAAUUUGAAAACCGUAUUAUCAGCACACAACAGACAGUCACAGCUAUGGCUUUGAUUUUAUUUUAAAGCGUUAAUGUGGCACUACAGCAAUUCAAGUUUUAAUUCCAUUUCCGAGUUUGAUGACUUGAUUGAAAAAACAAGAAAAAAGUCAAAUCUAUAUUCGAGCAGCAGCUUGGACUGACGUGAAACUCACUCGAGUAUUAGAAAAUAUUUGCUUCUUCAUUUUCAAAUUAAAAGCCAGUUUACAAAAUCAGAAUCAGUGGAGCGAUUCUGCUCCAAAGAUCAGUGACACAUUUAAAAACAGACAGGUUCUAAAACACGUUGAAAACUAAGAUAUAUGAUAGAUGAUAUUUGUGCUAUGAUAAUAACGACGAGAAAAUGUUUGUGAAGAAGAAACAUCAUCGUUUGCCUUAAAACUUAGUUAUGUGCAGUGCUGAUAGUUAAAACUACAAAUUACACUAUUCUGAAAUCUGAUUUUUGACACCUGUGGUUUCGAUUAAUUCACUUUUGGAUUUUAGGUCAGUCGCGGGUGAAUGAACCAACAAUUGUGUAAAUCGUGUUGAAUCUUAUAUACUGGUGGCCAUAACAUACACCUUAAAUUUCUAAAAUAGAAAAAUGUUUGUUGCUUCCCACCUCACAACACCCAAAUACCCACUUCUUUCAGUCCUCCCACCUGAUCACACAGACUGAGUUGUAUAAAAUGGGCGAAGUGUCCCGAGCUUCAUCACAAGGUCAGUUAAACAAAGAGAGUACGAGCUGAGAAAGUGAAGGAGGUGGCGAGGCAGACGUGGCCACAGUGUGUAUAAACAGUAACAUGGAUAUUUAGAUGUAAGCGACAGCGAAACCCGAGCGAAAAUCAUGUUUGAAACGUUUCCUGUUACUCGAGAAUAAGAGGAACCACGAGGGGCGCUUGAUGUUUCCUGAUGGACGUUCGAUUUUUAAAGCUGUUCCACUUGUCGAGCACGCCUCAGGUGUUCAAGUACUCGAAACGCUUCUUAAAAUACUUCUUCUUUUUCUGCUGCAGAGAGCAGACGGAACUUUCAGGCCUUUGGGCGUUUUUAAAAAUUUACUGUAUCUCUAGCUAUGGGUCUUUUUUGUACAUUGAAUGUUGAAAAUGUUAUAUCUUAUAUAGAAUGCAUUAUGUCAUAACAAACCUACUUUUUCUAUACAAUCAAUAAAUCUGAUGUUAAAGAUUG